AUGGCUGAAUCGUCCAUCAAUGUUUGCGUCCGAAUUCGUCCCUUCAGCGAAAAGGAAGCAUCACAGCUUGCUCCAAAUGAAGACCACACACCUUUUCUUGGUGAUGGUGGCCUCGCAGGCGGAAUCUCGCCCAACAAUUUCUUACCAUCCACCUCAGCAGCAGCAACCGCAUCAACGCUCAAGACUCGCUUCGUUCGGCCCAUCGUAAAGCCCAUGGACCAGAAGGUGCUUGUCUUUGAUCCCCCCGAUACGAACCCACUAACCCGCCUCUACAACAGUAACCCCUUAGCUCGUGGUGGCAGGCGCAACAAAGACGUUCGCUACGCCUUUGACCGUGUCUUUGAUUCAACCGCAUCGCAGACCGAUGUGUUUGAGGAAACUUGCAAGCCGCUGCUCGAUGGCAUCCUGAAUGGGUACAAUGCAAGUGUCUUUGCCUACGGUGCCACCGGCUGUGGUAAGACACAUACCAUCAGCGGAACGCCCAACGACCCAGGUCUCAUCUUUCUCACCAUGAAGGAGCUCUACAACCGCAUUCAAGAUGCUCGCGACGACUCGGAUGUUCACAUUCGUCUCUCUUAUCUCGAGAUUUACAACGAAACCAUCCGCGAUCUGCUCAGCUCUGAGCCCACACCACCAGGCGCCGGCCUCGCUCUUCGCGAGGACGCCAACAAUCGCAUCUCUGUCGUCGGCAUCACCGAGCUCAUCCCGGAAAGCCCAGAGAGCGUGCUAGAGUACAUCCAGGAAGGCAACCUUCGACGCACCAUGAGCCCCACCGAGGCCAACGCCGUCAGCUCCCGCUCUCACGCAGUGCUUCAGAUCAACGUGACCCAGAAACCACGCACCGCCAGCAUGAUCGAACAGACCACAUCAGCAUCCCUCAACAUUAUCGAUCUCGCCGGCUCAGAACGUGCUUCUGCUACUCGCAACAACGGCGCACGCAUGAAGGAAGGUGCCAACAUCAACAAGUCGCUCCUGGCCCUCGGCAAUUGUAUCAACGCCCUCUGCCAAUCCGGUGGUGUCGUCCGACACGUUCCCUACCGCAAUUCUAAACUAACUCGUCUGCUCAAAUUCUCGCUCGGUGGCAACUGCAAGACCGUCAUGGUCGUCUGUAUCAGCCCCUCGAGUACACACUACGAGGAAACGCAUAACGCACUCAAGUACGCCAAUCAGGCAAAGAACAUCCGCACCAAGGUCAGCCGCAACAUGAUCAACGUCGACCGUCACGUAGCCCAAUACGUCCAGGCCAUCCACGAGCUCAAGGAGGAGAACGAACGGCUGCGUGCAAAAUUGGACGAGCGUGGCUCGCUCGAAUCCGCCGCCGAGAAACGCAAACGUGCAGAGAUGGGACGCGAGAUGGACGAAGCCAAGAAACGCAUGCGUGAGAGCACCGACAACGUCACCAGGCUUGUAUCCGAAAAGGCAAGCUAUGAAGCAAACACCGCAGCAGCUGAAUCAAAGCUUUUCGAACUGCGAAAACGACUGGCGGUUGUCGAAGCAGACCUGAAUCGAUUCAGCAGUAAAAGUGAGGUGCUGCCUUCGGACCUUGAAGGCGAACGCGAUGUUCUUAGCAAGCUCAUCGCGGCCGAAGAGAAAGAGCUACACGAUGAGACUACAUGUGCCGGUGUUCGCAGCUUGCUCAACAGCCUCCAAAUGCAACGUGGUAUCAUCGUCGCUGCCUCACACAAUCAAAAGUUCGAUACGGAGUCUUCGGAAACAAUACAGACCUUGGGCAAUGCAAUGCUGGCAGAGGUAGAAGCGGAAAAGGCCAAAGUCAAGUUUGAUGCGCUACUUGAUGUGUUACGACGCUCGACCGCGGAAGCGACACAGCUGGUUGCCGUGGCGACGAGAAGCACCAUUGCUUUGCGAGAGGUGGCAGGCGAGCUCGAGUACAGGGCCACAAACAGCGGUGACGUGGGUGACAAGGCGAAUGCCGAAGAGCUUUCUUCGACUUUGGCAUUGCUGGCUUCGCAGCUACGUAGCAUUGCAGGAGAAAACGACAAGGUAUUCGAAUCAAUGUGUGGCACAAGCUUGCCUGUGGUUGCACCUCUGCCAGUAAUUGCCGCUGUGAGCACGACAAGGCCUGCGAAGCCUGUUGUGAGCUCGGCUUUCCGAAGGUCUCGCAAUUCGCUGGCAGUUGGGCAAACUACAAAUGGAGCAAUUUCUUCCCAAACCGCGCCUGCUGCUUCAACUCGAUCCGUCUCUUCUUCCUCAACCGGCGUCAAUCGCGCCGCCAUUGCACCAGCUCUCGCUCGAUCGACCAGCGUGCAAGGCACUGGCUCUCCUGCCGCACCGACCACACAGUCGGCUCGACCAAGUUUCGCCGCUCCAACCUCUUCGUCGUCUGCUCGAUCGCACAUGUCAGCCAGCAGCCCAGCGCGCAAGACUGCUUCGGUGCGUCGGGCCAGCAUUGCAGCAUCCAACUCUCGUAGACUCAGCACUGCCCGAGCCGCUUCUCGAUCCAGCGCUGCUGGUGCCGCUGCUGGAGCGAUACCGGCUGUAGAAGAGAAGAAGAAGUUCAGGUGGGCUGACGAAGCAGGCGAAGGUGAGAUUGAUGAUAAAGGUUUGGCUCACGGCGCGCAUGUCGACAGCGCGAGUUCCGGAACCGAAUGGGAGGAUUUGAGCGAUGGGAGGAGUACGCCUGCUCAACUGUCUACCUCGGUGGCGAGUAAAACGAAUUUGCGAUCCGUGUCAUCAGGCACUUCAUCGUCGAAGGUCUCGCAGACGGCUAAGCGAGCAGUAUCGGGUGGCGGCGGAUCGGCGUUGUCUCCACUGCGAGAGGUCAAGGCUUUUAGUGCGGGUUCGGCUGACGAAGCGGACAUCUCGGAUGCUUCGCCUGUAGCACCGCCGCAACCGCAGGUCUCUUCACGUCCGCCUUUACGUGCUACUACCAACACUGUGAUUUCUGCUGUGCACAGUGGCAGCGGGGCGCUGCUGAAUGGGUCGUCAUUCCCGAUUUUCGGCGCGAGCGAAUCCGGGCUAAAUGCAAGCUCCUUCAUCGCAGCAGCUGGGGUAGUGCCGGUGAAAAAAGCGUUUCCAAGACCCAGCGCCGGUGGACCGGGUCCUAUCCGACGAAGGACGAGGGCGAGUGUCGCUGUGGUGACAGCGCCGGCGAAUCCACUGCUAGGAACAGGCGCGACAGUGGGUGCGGGCAUCACGCCGAUUCCAGGCCAAUCGGGAACAAGUGGAAUUGGAAAUAGGGUCAAGGCGAGCAGGGUGAGUGUUGUGCCCGCCAUGGGUGGGAUGAGGAGCGCUAGUGCGAGUGCGAUUGGCGCGCGACCAGGCGCUGGUGCUAGUGCGUCUCUGUUCAGCUGA